AUGCUUCCCAAUCAAAGACCUGAAUUAUAUGAACUUAUUCCUACUAACCCUGAUAUUAGAUGCGCCAAUUUCUACACACCUAUUCAAAUAGGGUAUAUGGUAAACAAUCACUUCGUUUCGGUACUUACCACAUGUUUUAACCACUUGGUCUUGACUCCCGUAUAUACUCGACAUGAAUUAACUCCUUGGGCGCGAAGAGGCAACAAUGGAGAUCCUCCAGAUGUAUUUCAAUCGUCCGCGUUUUAUAAUGGAAUAGAUGUUAACAAUUUAUAUGCCACUAGUACCGAUAUUAUUCAUGGUUUGGGUUUUGCUACUUAUCCCAUUCCCAAUAAUCCUUUAAAUACAGGAGAUCUUGCUCCAAACGCCGAUUUUUUAUAUCAGUUUCAAAGAGAUGCAACAUUUAGUUAUCUCAAUGUUGCUCCCCAGUGGACAAGAUUUAACUCCGGAAAUUGGGAGAGAUUGGAAAAUGGAAUUGCACUUUUAACGCAAAGACGUAAUAAUGGAGUUGCAACAGUUUUAACUGGAACGUUAAAUAUUCUUACUUUGACCGAGGGGGAUUUUACGGAAUCAAUAUAUUUACUUCCAGGUGAUCAAAAGUUACCUGUUCCAGAAUUUUUUUGGAAAUUUGUUUUAUAUCCUACGGUGGCGGAACAAUAUGUCUUUUUUGGCAGUAAUAUUCCUGAUCGGGCACCAAAUUUCAUACCAACUAUAUGUGCACAAGACGCAUUGCAAGAAGCACAAACUGCGUGGGGAUUAGGAGGGAUUGAUAAUACCGAUCCGUCGUUGGGAAUCAUCUAUGCAUGUAGGGCCGCCGAGGUAAAUCAUCCAGUAAUAAGACAGAUAGUGGAUGAUGUGAUGGCCGAAUUUAACCUCGCUCCUCGUAAGCACUGGAAAUAA